AUGACAUCAAUUCGUCAAUUUAGAUUAACAGAUCUUUUACGAAUAAAUAAUGUGAAUCUGGAUAUUUUCACAGAAAAUUAUGGACUUUCAUUUUAUUUACAUUAUCUAGCAAGAUGGCCUGAAUGCUUUUUUAUUGCAGAAAAUCCUGCUCGAAAAUUAAUGGGUUAUAUCAUGGGAAAAAUUGAAGGUAAACACGAAAAUUAUCAUGGUCAUGUAACUGCUUUAUCAGUUGCACCAGAAUUUCGUCGUAUUGGAGUUUCAACACAAUUGAUGGCAUUAUUAGAACAAGUCUCCGAAAAAAAAGACACCUAUUUUGUUGAUCUAUUUGUUCGAGUAUCAAAUAAACGAGCUGUCGAUAUGUAUCAUAAAUUAAAUUAUGUUGUUUAUCGGCGUAUUAUCGGGUAUUAUUCUGGUGAACGAGAUGAAGAUGCAUUUGAUAUGAGGAAAGCUUUACCAAAAGACGUCGAGAAAAAAUCAUUGAUACCAAUUCCACAUCCUGUCCGACCUGAAGAUCUAGCUGAUGAUUAG